AUGAUGAAAGCGGCAUUCGUCCUGUUGGCCGUUUAUGUGUCAGUGCCUCUCAUCAUCUACCUGUUCCCUUGGACUUUGGCCUAUGCCAUCUUUGCUCACUUGUUGAAGCUUCCAUAUUUCGUGGAGCUCAACCAUCCCGAAUACAUCCUAAACCACACGUGCAACUUCUACCUGGACCCGGAAGAGGGCGUUCGUGUGGGCAUAUGGCACACGCUCCCUGCCAGCCAAUGGGACGAGGCGGAGGGGAGGGGCCCCGAGUGGUACCGCAGCGCGCUGGGAGAUGGAAGUCCUAUUAUCAUCUACCUCCAUGGCAACGUCGGCACCAGGGCCAAAGACCACAGGGUGCAACUGGUAAAGAUUUUAAGUAGCGCAGGCUUUCACAUCUUGUCUCUGGACUACAGAGGCUUCGGCGACUCGACGGGGAAACCCAGUGAACAUGGGGUGACAGCAGACGCACUCCAUUUGUAUAGAUGGGUGAAGCAGCAUAGUGAGGGGUCCUUGGUGUGUCUGUGGGGGCACUCGCUCGGCUCCGGAAGUAAGGGGUCCGCAGUGGAUGCCCUAAUUCUUGAGGCUCCGUUCACAAAUAUCGGAGAGGUACUCAUCAACUUUCCUUUGGCCAAGCUCUACACAUUCUGGCCAGGCUUUGAACUCUUCCUGUGGGACACUUUGGAGAAAAACAAGCUCCUGUUUGCAAAUGAAAACAAUUUAAAGGUCCUGACAUGCCCACUGCUCAUUCUGCACGCUGAGGACGAUGACAUAGUUCCAUAUGACAUGGGUCAGAAGCUGCACCAAAUAGCGGCACGCACGCUUAGAGAGAAAGAAGUUCCGCUGGAAAUGAUCUCCUACCCGGCCAGUCGCCAAUUGUCCCACAGUGACAUCUACUUGGAUCCCGACCUGGCCAAGUCAGUGAGGGAUUUUCUGCAGAAGCUGCAAAGAUAG